GGGUUUUGUGUCUCUGUUUCUGUUUCUGUCUAGUCGACGUCUCCGGCAUCUUUCUCUAAAUCGAACGUAAAAUUGGCUAGAAAAACCAAUUUGAGUUCAAGUUUUCGUGUGAACAGUUAGCUAUUUACCUACCGGCAAGGAACGUUUCUACAUUCUACAAGAGUGAAAACGUGUCACUUGUAUCUGAAUCUUUACAAGAUUGGCACAAACAAGCAAUGGAUUGUCAUCAAGGCAACAGUGAGGCAUUACUAGCUAACUCAGAGAAUGUCAACAACAAGGAGAACACUAAAAGAGAAUCUUUGACUAUCCCAUCAUCAUCAUUUUACAGCAAACCGUGUGCUGAUCGCUGUUAUUCAAUAUUCAAAAGUAAGGCUGAACGCAAGGCAGCUGAGGACAGUUUUGAUAAAAUGCUGCGAAAACCACUGGGAAAAAGUAGAAUAAUAAACAGACCCAAAGCAGAUGACAAGAAGAGAAGUCAAACAAAAAGGAAACUUGAGCAAAUGAUAUUGGACGUCGGUCAGAGAGAAUUUGGUCCUGUAAUGUGUAAGAUGUGUGGAAUGUUGUAUUCUCCACGAAAUGCUGCUGAUGCUGAACAACACGCUGUCUUUCAUAGACGAUUCACUGAAGGAAUUAGGUUUCCUGGUUGGCGCAACGAAAGAGUCGUUAACGAAUAUCCCGAUGGUCGUAUCAUCAUGAUCCUUCCCACUGACCCAAAAUCUCACCAAAACAAGGUGAGAGAAGUCUGCUCACUCAUCGAUUUCGAGUUGGGCUGCUCUUCAAGAGCAAGAGAAGACCCGACGAUUAAAGUCUUCUUGUUUAUCAGUGAAAGGAAAGUGUGUGGCGGCUUGAUUGCCGAGGCGAUCAAAGAGGCGUAUCCCAUUAUCACAACCCAAGACAAAGACGAUUCAACUUGGUUUAUUCAAAGGUCUGAGCCGCGGCCGGCUUACUGUGGUGUGAAUCGUUUGUGGGUUUGUAGCAAGUGCCGUUUACGUGCCGUUGCCACUAGAUUAAUGGACUGUGCGAGGCAGAAGUUCAUCUACGGCAUGUUUCUUCAUAAAGACCAGCUGGCAUUUUCCGACCCAACGAGCGACGGCCGAGCAUUCGCUACCAAAUACUUCUCUACACCAUCGUUCCUAGUCUACAGAAAGCAACAGGAGCAGACCCACACACACACGUUUAGCUAA